AUGACAGGACAUAACUCCCAAGCUACUAUUGAGAAUCCCUUCGUCAAACGCAGAAACAAAUCCUGGGAGUUGACAGCACCAGAUUCUCUCAAUAGGGGUGUAUCACCUCCACCACGUGCCCGACCCAAGCAUCGAAUCGACACCACUGCCAGUCCUAGGAGGUUCGUACCAACUAAGUCAGCCACAGCAGCUGUCGAAGCCGGCGAGGUCGAAGUUGAAGACCCUGUGUCUUUCUUCUCCACAAAGUUACUCAAUGCCCGCUUACCUGACUCCGUGAACCGACCACGCCUCGCCCACCAAGCGUGGCUGGAUCUUUAUCAACGAAACCUCAAUGACCGAGGCCAUCACUUUGUCAUCCACCAACAUGACCAUCCGAUCGCUGGCACCCACUAUGAUUUGCGCUUGCAGUGUAAUGCUAGUAGCUCUAUCAGCUUUGCCAUCAUGUAUGGAUUACCGGGGGACCCCAACAGUGUCCGCCAAAAUCGCAACGCAACUGAGACUAGAGUUCAUAAUGUAUGGAACCACCUGAUUGAAACUGCCUCAUCUGAUACUGGCACCAUGCUGCUAUGGGAUACCGGCGAAUUCUUUGUUCUUCCUUAUAGAUCAAGCCGCUCAUCUAGCUCGAAUACACUCAUGGACAGUUCUACCUCUGACUCAGAUGUUGGAGAUAUCAGGGAAGAGUCCGAGCCUCAAAAGCUUCACCAAGCGUUCCAAGCGCGAAAGAUAAAGCUUCGCCUCCACGGGACAAAGCUUCCUCCAAACUAUACGAUCACUCUUCGCUUGACGGCUGAGAAUAACCGGCUGGAACAGCCAGCACCACCAUCCUUCAGACGCCGACGACGGCACAACUCGGCCAUGGCUAGAAAGCAAGAUGCAGAGACUUCCGAAUCAAGUCAAAGCUCCUCCCGAGAGUCACGAGAUGGACGCACCACCGAAAAUAGAAGCCCGCGCGGUCCCCACUUAAAGCAAAGUGUCUCCUCGCUUCACCGGCUGGCCUCGCCACCAGCCCGCAAACGAUCUGCUGGGGAAAUCGACUAUGAUAUGUACAAGAAGAAGAGGCAGAAGGAAGACUCCGCCAUUGCAAUCCUUGCCGCCUCUUCCGAUCCCAACCCAGCACAAGCACCUUCUGCGGACGAACGAAUCCGACUCCAAAAUGCGUACCCAGGCGCAAAUAACAGUAUCAACUCCAUCCACCAGCGUAAGUGGUUCCUCUCGCUCGACCGCCACGCUUGUGGGUUUACACCAGCGAAGGAUCCUAAGACCGGUCAGAAGAUAUGGCGGUGUCGCCGUCGUCAGCGCGGUGAUGCAGAUGCAGGUGCAGAUGAAGAAGACGCCGUGUUCAAGAAAUUCCACGUCUUAGGCCGUGACCAUGAGACCAGCGUCCUCACUGGCCGUAAGGCAGCAGAUAUAGCGAGGGACGAGGGCUUGAUCGGCUAUAGGCCGCGGGGCGGCUGGAGAGGUAUCACCGAGUGA